AUGGCCGACGACCACCUAGACGACUCCGACAACGAGGACCUUUUCGCAUCGCCAUCCAAAAAGCCCGCAAAGGAGCCCGAGCGGCCCAAGACCCCCUCCAACCCAACCAACCGCUAUGACGACUCAGAAGAUGUGCGCGAGGCAGCCUUGCGACGGGAGCUGGACGGCGUCCGGAACAUCAACGAGCUGAUCGAGGGCGUGGUCGGGACUCUGGAGCGGGCGAAGGGCAACAUGCAUACCGUCUCCAACACCGUAAACACCGCCUCGACUCUCCUCAACACCUGGACACGCAUCCUCUCGCAAACAGAGCACAACCAACGCCUGCUCCUGAACCCGACCUGGCAGGGCGCCAGCCAGGACCUCGCCGAGCUCGAGGCCGAGGCCGCGCAGAAACAGCAGGCGGCCGAGCGGCGCGCUGCCGACGACGAGCGACGGAGGGCCGAGUCACGGCGCCGCCACGAGGACGAGCAGCAGCGCCGGCGCGAGACGCCGGCCGGAUCGACGACGACGACGACGACUUCUGCGGCACCACCGACGCGGUCUGCGAGUACGAGGGCCGCGCGCGGGGUUAGGGGCACGAGGGCCUCGUCGAGGGCCCGGGCGGCGGCGUUGACGAGGGCGGCCCCGGCGAGGGCGGCGAGUACGGGGUCCGCUGCCGGACAGGAUACUACCUCGUCGAGUAUUGCGAGUGCUAGGGGCGCUUCCAAGAUCGGGAGGGGUGGUGGCUUCUUACGCAGCGGAUCGAGAGGGACACGGGGGUACUGA